AUGCAUUGCCUCCUGGAGGGCCGAGCAUUUUCCCCGCGGGAGCUCGGGUUCGGUUCACCGCGUCCCACUCAAGCUCGGUCCUCCGCUUCCGCGCCCCGCCCCCUUUGGGCCGCCGAGAAAAGGCGAAUGGGCGGAGCGCCCCGGGGCCGGGCUCCGCGCUCCCGGGGCUGGGCGGCGAGCGCCGGAGGCCUGGAGUGGGCGGGCCGAGGAGACCUAGGAGGGUUCAAAAGGAGGUGGAGGGAUACCCGGGCCACGGCCGGAACUACUUUCAGGAGGAGGUCACGUGUGCUCCGAGUUGGGGAACUUUCCAAAUUCCCACUCCCCUAUAAUAGCUGGAGAGGCGAGUGGUUCGCUUCCUUCGCCCGGGGUGCGCCCGCCGGGUGCAGGCUGCGGGGCGCCAGGGCCUCCUGGUUCACGAGGGGAAAACUAGCUCGGAAGAGCCUCCCACCGGAGCUCUGUGGGGGCUGACGACUGGGAAGCUGGUUACACAAGCACCCACAUCCAAGCACGUGCCCCCGCCUUCCUGCACCGCUGCUGCCGCCGCUGCUUCUGGCAGACCUGGGAGCGAGAGUUCCCAAGCUGCUCCUACCUUCCUAGCUCUGGAUCGGCUAACACUGCGCACUCCCUACCGCAGGAGAAGGGGCUGUGCCCCGGGAGGUCUGUCUCUUCCUCGCUAGUGCCCAGGGCGAACCUUCCCGGUGCCGUGCUCGCGGGGCAAGAGGGUAACUUUUGCAGCGGCCUGCUGCUACUGGAAUACACCGAUGUUGCAACAAACUUCCAGGCACUAACCCUGAGCUGGUGAGCGCGCCCCACCUACUGUAAACUCGGCAAGUAGCAAGUGACUUAUCUGGUCGGAGAACCUAGUCAAUGGCCGUCAGCCCAGAACAAACCUGUCAAGUCUGCUUACAGCCCCAUUAGUGGACCUAUCCCUGUGAGAGAGCUGGUUCUGAAAGCCUGAGAACUGGAGCACUUUUACCGGGACAUUGAUCAGCUGCAAAAACGAGUUGUCCACCUUCUGCUUGGAGAAAAUAGGCAUCAAUCAACACCAAUCUAGGAAUGUCCUCCUUUUCUUUCCCCUGGGAAGUAGAACUCAAGGAGACAAUUGGAGUCCGAAGAUUGUGUUAAGAUUUAGGCUGAGGGACACUGGGAGAACAGAGAUCAAUUUGUAUGUGUAUUGCAGUAAUUGGGAGUAGAUGCCUAGGAAGGCCUAACGAGGAUUUAUUCAGUAUAUGAGAAAGAAGAUUGUAUAUGAGUACAUCAUAGUUGCAGGCAGCCCCUGAAGACUAGAAACCUCAAGAGACCUAGCUUAGAAGCCACAGGCCAUUACCUAACUCCAAGACUACUAAUUAAACCUUACAAUGUUCUUAGCGAUCUCUGAGGCUCCAUAAAUCUGGUAAUUUAAAUACAACAUCCUUUUAAGAUGGGUCUGCAAGAAUUAGCAUCCUGCUGAACCUUCAGUGUUGAUAUUUACUGGAAGCUGAUUUUGUGCAUGGUCCUGGUGGGCCUGGGGGAGACAAGGAUCAUAAGUUGAAAGAAAAUGGAGAGCAACCUGGGAAGAGUAGGAGAAAAGACUACUCCUACUUUGGUUUCCAAGGAUGAAAAUCCUGUCCACGCAGCCUAGUGUGAGCUAGAGACUUCUUUAUUUUACAAAUAACCAAGGACAAAGACUCUCUGAUUUCUAGAUGUCCCACUAGAUUUCAUUAUAAGACCCUGCGCUGUGCUCAGUUGAAUAUCCACCACUGCUUGGUGGGGAAAGGCAAAGUGAAGGGAAGUGGACUGGGGAGGAGUAAAAUGCUCCAUGUUAGUUUCUCAGGAUGCUGAGCUUGUCCCCAGAGUCCCCGGAGCCUACUCAUUGUGAGGAUGACUUUUCCAGCAUCUAAGAAGUUCUGAAAUCCACACCUGGGAAGAAAAUGGGUUCGUUUCUGCCCUGUUGGAGUUAGGCUUGUGGAGAAAGGAUUCUUUUCAAUCCCCACCAGUGAUUCUGGUGCAGAGAGGGUGUGCAUCACCAGCACUAAAGUGUGGGAAUAUGAGACUGGCCUUCAAGCACUUCCAUCAGCUAAAGGGAGAAAAUGGGAAAUAGUUUUGCUGCUACUCUAAGCACUGGGUCUCUCUACUUUUCUCUAGGGAUGAAUGAAAGGAUCACCAAUGUUGGCAGAUAUUUGGUCAGCCAGACAGCAAUAUCAGGUAGUUAUUAGAAGUUGCUGAAUAAAAAUCUCCUCCCCUUAAGCAGGUUCCUGAAGGAAAAUAUAGAUGUGUCCUUUUUCAAAUUUUGUUUUUCUUCUUUUUUCUUCUACCCAAUAAAUCUCCUUACCCAAGUGGGAGGGCUGGAACCUCUAUAUAGCUGACCCUAUAUAUAAUGUACCGAAAGUUUUUUUUAAAAAAUGUUUUUAAAAUUCAAUACCUGCUUGUCUGUACCUUAUAUUAAUUUCCUGGUUUUGAUAAUUAUGGCUCUGUAAUUUAUUAAGAUUAGGCCAGCUGGGUGAAGAAUAUACAUAAACUCUGGAUCAUUUUUGCAAGUUUUUUGUAAGUCUAAAAUUGUUUCAAAAUAAAAAUUUUA